AGAGCCGCUUCCUGCCACUAUAAAUAGCGCCCGGCCCAAUAUGUCCCGCCCGCCGCCGCGGCUGGAGCGCCGGCGGAGCCGCCCGCCCCUCCCGCCGCCGCAGCAGCCCGCACGGAGCCCGAGAUGUGUGACCUGGAAAAUAUUACUGCGUUCUAAUUAACUCCAGCAAGUGUACUCUGGACUGCAUUUGCCACGCAUCCUGUUCUGUGCAAGCAUCUCUCCUGCUGGUGACAAGAUUUCUUAGCAAGAUCAGACAGAGCUCAGCCUUCCACAAUGCCUGUGCCUCCCCCUCCAGCUCCACCUCCUCCCCCAACACUGGCCUUGGCAAAUACUGAAAAGCCAUCCCUGAGCAGGUCAGAACAAGCAGGACGAAAUGCUCUCCUAUCUGACAUUACCAAGGGGAAAAAGCUGAAGAAGACUGUUACUAAUGACAGAAGUGCUCCGAUUCUAGACAAACCAAAAGGACCUGGUGGAGGUGGUGGCGGUGGUGGCUUUGGAGGAGGUGGUGGCGGCAGUGGUGGUGGUUUUGGUGGUGGUGGUGGCCCACCUGGCCUUGGAGGCCUUUUCCAAGCAGGAAUGCCAAAGCUCAGAUCUGCUGCGAGUCGAGAUGCUGAUGCUGGGGGCGGCCGCCUGCCCUCCCUGCCACCCGGAGCCCGCUCCACCGCCGCCAAGCCCUUCUGCGCACCCAGCGGCCCACCGCGCUUCCCGGGGCCGCCCUCGGGGCCGCGGACCGCUGCUCCCGAGCCGCAGAGGAGCCGCCUGCCGCCGCCGAGGCCCGACGUCGGCUCCAAGCCCGAUGCCGUGCCGCCGCCAGUGCCUAGCACCCCCCGGCCCAUCACCUCCAGUCUGUACAACCGGGGCUCACCGCCGGUGCUGGGCGUGAGCCGGCAGCCCAGCUUGGGGCCCUCGCCCGCGCCAUUCCUGGGCAGCCGGAGCACGGGGUCGGCCGGGUCUCUCCGGCAGCCUGGUCCCAGCGCAGCGGCUCCCUUCUCCGGCCGUCCGCCGCUGCCUCCCACCCCGGGCCGGUCGGCAGAGGACAAGCCGCCGCCCCCGCCACCCCCCGCCGGGCACCGGCCGCCCGCCACCCGGGAUGUGGCCCUGCCGCCGCCGCCGCCGCAGAACAGCAAGCCGCCCGUGCCCUCAGCCCCCCGGCCCGCCCUCGGCGCCCCGGCGCCCCCGCCGCCGCCCCCCAGCAGGCCCGGGCCACCUCCGGUUCCACCCAGCCCCGGUGCCGGCGGCGACGAGAUGCCGCGGCUACCCCAGAGGAACAUCUCGCUGGGGUCCUCUUCGGCACCCGGUGGUGGCCGCUCCGGGCCGCUACCCCCCCCGCCCAGCGAGAGGCCUCCGCCGCCCAUCAGGGACCCCCCCAGCCGAUCAGGCCCCCUCCCACCACCUCCUCCCAUAAGCAGGAAUGGAAGCACUUUGAGGGCUUUACCUGCCACUCCGCAGCUGCCGUCCCGGGCAGGGCUGGACAGUCAGAGGGGCGGUGCGCGGCCGCCGCUGCCCCCCGACCGGCCGGGCUCGGCAGCGCCGCCACCGCCGCCGCCUCCCGCAGCAGCUCUCAGGAACGGCUUCCAGGAUCCAGGCGACGAUGAAUGGGAAAGCAGAUUUUCUUUUCAUCCUAUAUCUGAUUUGCCACCUCCAGAGCCAUAUGUACCCAUGAACAGAAGUUAUCCCAGCAAACUAGCAAGAAACGAAAGUAGAGGUGGCUCUGGCCGAAAAGAGAGAGGUGCCCCCCCGCUUCCACCUAUACCAAGGUGAAAUGGGUUCUGGCUUGUCUUUGGGCAACCUCCAUUUUCAAGUUUCCUUCGAGUCAGCUCUCCUGUCCACAUCAUUGGAAAGUUGUCUGGUUUGCUUUAUUUUCAUUUUUGGCUUGUCAGAUGGAACAAUCUCUAUUACAGAAGUAAUAGAUGCAGCUUAUGAAUUAUAAUUGCUCAAAGCUAUAAAUUUUAUUUGCAUAUACUGCGGGCUGUCAUGAAAGGCGUUUUGUGGACCAUACACAGCAUACGUGCAUCAUCCUUACUGUGUCCAACCCUGUCCCCUUGAGAGCUCCACAGGAGGUCUGGCUUUGAAUUUAAUGAGAGCUGGAACGAAGCUGUUUUAUUCAUUUUGGGUACAGUGGCUGUACUAUUUGAAUGAUAAAGUACAAUCUAUUUUCUGUUUUAAAAAAAAAAAGUUGCUGGGGAAGACCACGUAGCCAAGAGUCCCCUGGAUCCUUCUUUACGUGCCUAACUUGGCCCACCUGCUUCUGCAAGCCAUAGACCUGCUACAUGGUGACCAAGAGUUCAUCCUAAACCUUUUCACUUCGCUUAGCCAAGCAAAUCUUAUUUGAAACAAUAGAGAGCUCAUCCUGCCCGAAGGAUGGAGUGUGUCUGGCCUUGUUUUCAUCUGUGGAGAAUCUUCCAAAGAAAAGCACAAUGAAGAAUUCAGCAGCAUAAAAAUAUCUUUUUUUUUUUAACUCACGUGUCCUUGCUUCUUAAUAGUGUUAUGCUUUCAGUCACCUCAUUCUUUCCUACUCUGAUGUGGACCAACCCUCAGUCAUCUGUGUCCUGGCUUCUUGUAAUGCCCUCUACCAGAGACUGCAUGUGAAAAGUGCUCAAAAAGUAGUCUUGGUGCAAAUGCAGCAAUUAUUGUAGUCAUAGGCUCCUUCUAUAAUACAUUGUUAAAACCUGUGUCCUACAGACCACUUUCCGAUUGUUUUUUUGGUACAACUAAAUUACAGGGUUUGACUUAAAAAGCUUCCUGGUGCUUAGGUCAUGAGUCUCAGAGAUUGUAUUUGACUUGUGUUACGGUAGAGCUGCUGAGGUCAAAAAUAUGUGUAUGAAAGCCCUUUGAUAUAGAGAAGAAGGUUGGGGGUUUGUGCAUUCAGGUGGGAGCAUCGGCUUCAAAAUUUACUUUCUGCACAGGUUGAAGUGAAACAGUAAGAUUUGGCCACUUGAGUUUACCGCAAAGCCUGUCCUUUCAAACUUUACUGAAAGGAGUCUCCACAGAGAGAUGCCAGGCCUACAUUAAUAGAAGAGAGGGUGAAGUAUUCUGACGUUGUGACAAUUGGUUAAUGUGUUUAAUGGCUUUUGAAUUUUGUAUGUGAGAAAAGAGUUCAUUAUAUGAGCACAUUUUACAAAUUGAUCAAACUGGUUAUAAAAUGCCUUUGGAAAUUAGAGGAAGGCUGCAGUUCUGGAUUUGAAAGAAAUACUGCUGAAAUAUAGCUCUUUGUUAAUUGGACUUCAGAAGGUUAGCUCUGAAGAAUUUCUCCUCUGCCUCCUUGACAGUUUCUGUUUAUUCAGUGUACUCCUUGGGAUCCCCACCAAGCCUGGUGCAGCUGCCAUGCUUCGCCAAAAAAGAUAAAAAGGAAAAGAAAACCUAGUCAGAUAGGUUAAGGAAAUGUUUCUGUAGCAUGAGAGCCAUGCUCCUAAGUACGCUCUGUGGCUAGAAUGAGGGUAGUCCUGGAAGCUGUAGGGAAUUUAGUUGAGGAGAGCCUUGACCCCCCUCACCAGGGCGUUUUGCCCUGUCGGUGGGCAUGGAGGGGCAGAUUCCCCUUUGGCCCGACAGCCUGGGCACUCGGAGGGGUGAGGCAGAGUUGGAUUUGGCCGGAUCAAAUUAAAUUUGGCCUUCUCAGUGUUUGUUUACAAAAUCUUGUCAGCUGUGAUAGCAUUUGAUUAUAUACCUGGGGUUUUUUACAUUUUUAUACCUAAUGACCUGGUUUAAGUUACUGUUCAUGGUCUUGAACCUGCAAUUAAAUGCGCAGGCGCAGGAAUGUAUCUACAUCUAUUUGCAGGAUCAUGACUCUAAGAGUUUCUUAAACAGAUAUCAGUGGAACCUCCACGUGACAGGUGCACCUUGGGAUCAAACGUAGCACAAUACUGAAUUUAUAUAUGUAUUUUAUAGAUGUCACUUAAAAAAUAUGCCCGUCUUUUUGGGAUAAUAUUAUAUGAAUAGCAGUCCAAAUAAGAUUUUUAGGAUAAUAAUUUAAAGGAUAAGUUAUUGUAUUCAUGUUUUUUAAACUGAAGCACUUAAAACUUUCUAAGGAACAACAUUUUGAAUUUAAGAAUACAAUAUUUUCAGUACCUUGACCUGCCAAAUCCUUAUUAAUAUCCAAAUAGCUAUGCAGCUAAAAAAUAAAACCCUCCAAAAAGUGUACCUUUUUUGUAACUUACCUGCUUUCAGCAUGACUGUUUUGCUUUAAGUCAAUGAAAAUACUGCACAUUGUUCUGCCAACUCUGCAUCUGCAUAAUUCAAAAUAUCUUAUAUUUGAUCUUUUGAGCAAGUUUUUCUGACUAGAAAUUCUGGACCACUACCAAAGACUUAGCCAAACUAGCUUCAGUCUCACGUUAAUAUGUGCUGUGUAAAGGGCCCUCAGUCAACAAGUCAAGGAACCUGAGCUGCUCCAGUUUUAGCUCUUCUCUGUACUAUAGAAACCUCUAUAGAGGUUUCCAUAGAAUGGAUGUUUGGCAUAUAUGUAAAAGAGCUUAACAGUGCAGGAAGAGGUGUUUUUUUUCACCUAAAACCAACUUUACUAUUUAUGUCUUUUGCUAUAAUGUGUCUCUAGAUACAUUCCAGAACAAUGCAGCAUUUUAUCGUUCAAUAAAUUACUUCAUAUAUCAAUAGCUAUUUACAAUAUGAUCAGUAUUAAAGUAUUUAUUUCACUAUGAAGUGUUAAAAAAGAAUACAAAAGAGUUUGAAUCCAAUGGUGCCUUAUGACUUUUUUAGUCAACUUUUCUGUGUCUCUCUAGAAAGAUUAAUAGGCAUUGCUCUUCCAAGUCCUAAUGUAAAUAGUGUUGACUGUAGCAUGAUAGAGUGUUUGAGCCAAGUCCUGCUGUUGCAACAAGCCCGCUCUGCUCACUUCAGAUUGAAGCAUAUGGAGAGGCCAUUGUAUCAGUCUUUCGGUGAGGUGUAAAUGAGCACUGGUUAGCCUCACAGUCACUUGUUGGUAUUGCUCUGAAAAUUUAGUUCUUUCCCAAAACAUAUAUUGUGUCUCACGCUGCUAUCCUUACAAGCUGGCAGACUUCAGCAUGGUUGCGUAGGUUAUUAGAGAACUAAAUGUGAUUCACUGCUUGCUUAUGAGAUUUACUGGGUUUGUUUCAGUGGCAUUGUAUUAUAAACCUUCACACCUCAAACUGUCUUUUUAUGUCAUCACUAAGAUUUGCAUUGCAUGACAAUGGCCACACAUGUAUGUUUGUUUGGUUUUUUUAAUUCAAGUCAGUAAAUUAAAUGGGAAUAAGUUUUGUACCAUGUGACAAAAAUUUCUGCUCAGUAUUUUUGGAAGAAAAGCACACAUAUCUUUCAUGACUUUCUGCACCAGCCAUCCGGAGAAGAGGUCACAGAGAUUAAUGUUCAGAGUUGUGAAAGGAAGCUCAGCUUGUGAUUCGGGAAGUGUGUGCUUCUGUAAAUGGACUACUUCUUAAAAAAGGUUGCAAAGUUCUUGUUUAGAAGCCAGCAUUUCCCAACACUAAAAUAAUCAUUUAAAAGAUAUUAUUUUCUGCAAGACUGAACUAUUACAGAAGUUCCUUAAAUUGUCAUUUAAAAAACUGGCAGUUUCUCCUUGCAGCAACAGCUGUUUACAUGUCACUUGAAGACGCAGGUCUCUACAAGCAGGGCAGAGGAUGAGGGAACUAAGCUGCUGUUGUGCUUCGCAAUGUAACAACAAUCUUCUGUGCAGAAGCAUGGAAAUAGAAAGGAUACUUUUUGCCAUGGAAGCAAAGGAGUGAUUGAACUGGAAUGAUUCCAAGCAGAAUGUCAAAUCUUGAGAGACCUAGAGAGAGCCUUUCAGCCACAGGAUGCUGGAAAGGAGAAGAUUGCUUAAGAAAAUAAACCCCAGUUAGCUAAAGGUUUGCUAUCAAUACUGGAAUACAAAAGACAAUGUGCAUGUAGGUAAGAUUCACACUUGCAAUAGUGUCUCACAGUCAGAUGCCAGCAACCUGUUAUGAUGAUAUGGUGACUCUGUAUAACAAACAUUGUGUGAACUUUAAUCUUUCAAAUGGUAUUCACCAGAAAAUAGGGAGAAUCUCCUACCUAAGAUGCCCGGUAACACAUUGAGUGUAGGUAGUUCAUGGAACAGUUCUUCAUAUACGUUGGGAGAACACAGGGAUCUUGUAGCCUGUAAGGUGAAAGUGCCUGGACCACUCAGUUAAAAUGUAAACCUGGAGUGAUGGCAAAAAGGCAAGUGUUGGAGUUACUCAGCAGAAGCAGGGCACAUGUACAUGUUCUCAGUGAGUGAGUAUGCGGUAGGUAAGUAGACAGACUAAAAGAAAUAAAUGGAAACCACGUGUCUUAAAAAAGGGAGUAACCCUGCAGUAUAUUGCCAUUGUCAAAUGCGAUUUGUCUGUGAUAAAUGCUCUUUAGUGUAAGUUAAUGCAUGAAAAGGAAAACCUCUACAUUUGGACUUCCAAAACCACACAAGAAUAUGAAAGAGAGGGAAACGUAACUUAAAACUUAAGCUGAGCAGAAAGUAAUGUGUUUUUAUGAGAUGCUUAAAGUUUGAGGUUUUUAUAAAAUAUUAAUCUAGUUCUGUGAAUACUUUUUUGCUUAACAUUUAUUUUGUAUGUGAUUUUGUUCUCCUUAUUGUUCUGUCCUAUGCCAAAUAAAUUUUACUUUUAUUUACUUGGUGGUGCAGAAUGGUGCAUUGAUAAUAGUCACGUGGCAGGAGCCAGGGCGGGUUGUUCCCCCCACCUCCUGCCUACCAUUGCGCAGCAGCACAGCAGUAAUGCUGAGAGGACUUUGGGCCUCCAUACAGUGAAGACUAGAUACCUGCAGAUAAGGAGAAAUAAUGAGUUGACUUUAGGAUAAAGAAUGAUUGUAAAUCUGUGGUCUAUGAUACUGUGUGUAUAGAUGGCAUUGUGUGAGCUAUGGACAUUGGCUCUGGCUAAGGCGAGUUGGGCCCUUGCCAUGGGGAGAUGACGUGGAAAAUCAGUUCAGCACAGAUUUUGGUUCCUCUUAUCUCCGCUCACUAGGCAGAAGGCUGAUGGAGAACAUCAAACAAAUGAAAACCUCCUUUUUGACUUUGGAGCCCUAUACUUGUUCUUGGAUGUUAACCUUUUCAGAUAAUUUGGACCAGGUGCAUCACAGAAAGGCCCUUUGAGGUCCAAAGGAGGCUUAAAUUCAGACUUCACUUCAAGCUUCUCCUUAGAAAUUAGAAAGGUCACUUUAAAACCCCAUACUGAAAGCCCUAUGCUCAUCUAUCUUGCAAAGACUUAAGCAGCAGGUUUACUCUUACAGAUUCUGCAGGGGGGUUGGACUAGAUGAUCUCUAAAGGUCCCUUCCAACCCCUACUAUUCUAUGAUUCUAUGGUGAAUCCUUUGACAUUUAUGGCAACUGCUUGUUGUUGAUACUUUUACAGACUGACUGGGACAGGGACCUUGACUUUCUAAAAGGCUACAGACAGUUGAGGCUGAGAGGUAGCCUAGAAUCUGGUCCCAAUGCCCAGGCUGUGGAAUUAGAAGAGCCAUGGCAGAAGACAAAUGCUAGGAGUUUGUGAGCUGCAGAGGAGCUGGCUCAGCAGGCUGUAACCUUUGUUUGCAGAUCUUAGUGGCAGUAACUGUGAACGAGAACUUGGAGGCAUGAAUCUAAUGAUCAACUAGUAGGUGUGUCUUAUCUCAUGGUUUAUCAAAGGAACUGUGUUUCUUUCUAAUUUUCAAGAAAUUAAAUUACUUACUUGAUUUCAAGAAGAGGGAACUGAACUGAGCAUGCCGUGACCUAGUCAUAGCUGCAGCAUAAUCCUUCCUUCAUUUAACUAAAAAAACCCUGUUGCUUUAAAAUAAAGCCACAAACUACACUGUAAAACAGUUCUGACUGCUCCCUGCAGUUGCAGGAAGGCUCACGUGUUGCACGAAGCAUACACAAAAAUACCCAACUUGUUUGAUCACGAUUCAACAAUUUCCAAUGACCUUCCUGCCUUGUAUGCACAGGCUGCUCCCUCCUGCCCUUUUGCCUACUCUGACUCCAUUUCGCAUUGCAAAGAGUAAAUUGGGGCAAUUAUUGAUUUGGCCCCUACAUCUUUGUACAAUUAAUGUAUCAUUUAAGUUAACUAAUGAAAUAAGAUCAAGAGCCUUCAGGAUUUGUUUUUCUCUGGCUAACAGCAAGUAUAAUGAACAUUCCUACUAGCUGUUUCUGCUAUGCUAUUUGCUUCUCUGAGAAUUACACGAAUAUGUAACAUAAGUUUGAUUCCAUGUUUCAUUUUCUGUUGCACUCUUAGAGGUCCUAUACAUUUUAUUUUAUAUAAAACUGUGUGGCUUACAUUUUUAAAAGAGCUCAUCCUCUCCACUUGUUGAAGAGGGUUCUCUGACACCCUCCUAAAAAAUUCAUACUUACUCUUCCAAUCUUGGAGGUCUGGUGCAUACGGUGGCAUGCCCACUGUGAAAUAAAAUCUCUUUUUUUCAUAAGCAAAAAUGCUGCUCCCCAUGCACAUUAACUUCUCUCCUCAGAGCUGUGGCUGGGCUCUGCUUCCAGGAGUUAAAUUAAUUUGGCAGGGCACAGGAGAGCCUCCAUAACCUUUUCUGUACCCUACUGGUUGUUACACUUUUGGGGUGUCAGUGCUGCUUCAUCUACAUGUGUUUACACAAAUACAGACUGCUAAGCAGAAACUUUGGUGAAGCAUAAAAGAAAACAGGAUGGCACUUGGUCUCCAUGCUGUAGCUAUUGCAGUAGCACUAUGAAUAAAAAGCAAUAUAAGUAGUUUCUAAUGUGAGCUAGUAAAAGCCUCUGAACACACGGAUUACAUCCACUGACUAAUGUACAGAUCCUAUAAAGACACCUCUGAGCAGAAUGUUUGUUCCACAUUGUAGGAUGAUGCCUUUGACUCCAUGAACAAUAACUUGUCUUUUCUGUAACUCCUGAAAGCAUUCCUCUAAGAACUGAUUAAUGCUGUCGUAAGUCUCAAUGCUCAUCUGACAACUCCCUCCAUAGCCUUUCU